UCACAUAAAAGUCAAAGACAACUUCUAGCUGGAAAAACUGGUCCAUAUAUUAUACGUUUUGGUCUGUCCUUUUGGUUUUUGUUUUUUCAAGCAAAUCCAACUUAAGUUUACCUCUUCUUGUUUUAUCCUUUUCUUGUUGUCCGUCCAAAGGUGUGGACCCAAAGAGUGAAAUUCACCAAAAUUUUGAGUUUGCAUGAAUUUGUGAACAGUCAGAGUUUUAGGGUAAAAACAAAGGAACUACAAACAUAUAAUGGAGAAAAGAGAAAACAGCCAGGCUUCUUUGCCUACAACUUUUCAAAUGGUUGGUGAAACUUCUCAUGUAGCAAAUAAUACAAAUCAAAUGGUUGAUUAUUUACUUAAUUCUCAUUCUGUACAACAACAACAACAACAACAACACGAGAGUUCAUUAGGGUUUUGUCCCUCUGGUACUUCUCUUGACAAGUUGAGCUUCGCGGAUGUGAUGCAAUUCGCAGAUUUUGGACCAAAAUUAGCACUGAAUCAAGCCAAGGUAUCAGAGGAAGAUGUCGGGAUUGAUCCUGUUUACUUCCUUAAAUUCCCAGUUUUGAACGAAAAGACAUUGCAAGAUGAUGAUCAAGAAACCCUAACGGUACAACAAAAAGAAGAGAAAUUUAAAGUUGUAGAAGAAAAAGCUAAUUCAUCAAUGCAAUUACCAUAUGUUGGUGAAAAUAUUGAAAGAAGUCCAGGAAAUGAAGGCAACAAAAGCAAUAAGAGAAAGAGACCAAGAGUAAAGACUACUGAGGAAGUUGAAAGCCAAAGAAUGACACAUAUUGCUGUUGAAAGGAAUAGAAGGAAGCAAAUGAAUGAACAUCUUCGAGUUUUGAGGUCUCUCAUGCCAGGAUCCUAUGUUCAAAGGGGAGAUCAAGCAUCAAUUAUUGGUGGUGCAAUUGAGUUUGUGAGAGAGUUAGAACAACUCUUGCAAUGUCUUGAGUCACAAAAGAGGAGAAGAAUAUAUGGAGAUAAUGGUCCAAGACCAUUAGGAGAUAAUUCAUCAAUUCAAAACCCUAAUAAUCCUCAGCAACCAAUAAUCUUUCCUCUUCCAAAUGAUUAUAUUGAAGCAGGAAUUCAAGAAGAAACAGCUGAGAGUAAGUCUUGUUUGGCUGAUGUUGAAGUGAAACUUCUAGGGUUUGAUGCAAUGAUCAAAAUUCUAUCAAGAAGAAGACCUGGCCAACUUAUCAAGACUAUUGCUGCAUUAGAAGAUAUGCAGCUUAAUAUUCUUCAUACAAAUAUUACUACUAUUGAACAAACUGUUCUCUACUCAUUCAAUGUCAAGAUUUCUGGUGAAACGAGGUACACAGCUGAUGAUAUAGCAAACUCAAUCCAGCAAAUAUUCAGUUUCAUUCAUGCAAAUAGCCCCAUAUGAUGUCAACUAGCUAGUUGAAGAUUAUAAUUUGAUAAUUUUCUAAUUUUUGUAUCUAGUUAGCCACUCUAGGCAUAUCAUAUAGUUAGUAAUAAGUAUUGGCCAUUAAUAUAAGAAUGCUAAAUUUGUAUGUUAUAUUUUAGAUUCUCGAGAUAUAUAUUGGGAGCAAAUUAAUGCUCUUGAGAAUUCGAUA